UUCAGGCGAAGGGACAAGUCCCAGCAAGCCACUGUCGAGCAGGUCCUUGAUCCCAGAACAAGAAUGAUUUUAUACAGGAUGCUGAGUAAAGGGACGCUGCUUGAAAUAAAUGGAGCCAUCAGCACUGGAAAGGAGGCCAACGUCUACCACGCAACAGCUAAAGAUGGAACUGACAAAGCUCUCAAAGUAAAACACCUGCAUCAUGAUUUAUUGUUAGUUAUCAGUUGUUGUUUUUUUCCCCAGCUCCUUUACUCCAUCUUCUUAAAAAGUCAAAUGUCUCAUUCUCUGACCACGUUUAGGCCACUUUUACUGAAAUAGACUAGGGACUUAAAAAAUUAAAUAAGUUUACCAGUAUUUAAUUUUUAAUUAUGCUGUGCUCAUAUGUUUAAAAGUAAAAGCAGGAAACUCGGAAUUUAUGGACUUGUUAAAGAAUUUUGUUAUGAAAGGGUUAAACAUGGAUAUAUUAUUACAUUCUUUUGGGUCUGUGAGAAUUAAUUAAAAAUACAAAUUAUGCUUACAUUUCUGAGAAUGCCUAUUGGUCUGCUGAGUUUGUGUGUUCUGUUUAAAAUAUAAAUUUGUUGUAUUAACUUAUACUCGCAGAUUUACAAGACAUCCAUUCUAAUUUUCAAAGACAGAGACAGAUAUGUGACAGGAGAAUUCAGGUUUGAAUUAUCAUAUUUUACACACCUAAAAUGUUACUUGUUGCAGGAUGGCAUCAGUCACAUUACAAGCUUUAGAUAGAUAAAAUAACAUAAGUUGAUCUGUGUUGAACAUAGUUCAUUCACUCCUUCAAUUCAUUUUUAGAAAUAAAAUCAAAAUAAUGUGAGCAUCAAAGGGUCAUAACUUUCCAAGACUUUUUUUCUGUAACUAAAUGUGUAUUGAAUUAUAAUCACUGUUGAAAUUGAUGAAAAAUUAUUGUGUUUUUGUGGAAAGUUAACUUUUGCUUUUGGCGGGGCAAGAAGUGGGAACGUUAAUAUAAAUAUGGAAAUAUUAUUUCAAAAAUGUCCACAAUUAAUAAACUUGGGUUUUAUAAUAUUUUUUCUUUCUUUUUUUAAAAAUUAUAAUUAGAUUUAUUUUAUUCUUAUAAAUCCAUUAAUAAAUUAAGUUUCCAACCAUUUGUCAUUUCCAUUAAUGUUAAUGUUCCAGAUUUCGUCAUGGUUAUUGCAAGUCUAAUCCCAGGAAAAUGGUGCGACUGUGGGCUGAGAAAGAGAUGAGAAAUCUAACCAGGUAUGGCAGAUAUAAACAUACAAUUUUACAAAUGACAUGGUUUUCUUAAUGUGGGACAUCAUUUUUAGAAAAUGAGAGUUAUGUAAUUUUGAAUAGCCUUAGCUUUAAGAAAAUGCAUUCUCUCUCUUUUUUUUUGUGUGUUUAAAGUGACAGUUUUCAUGACUUGCUUUUCCCCACAGAAUGUUUAAAGCACAGAUUCCUUGUCCAGAGCCAAUCUUGUUAAAAAACAAUGUCCUUCUCAUGGAUUUUAUCGGGGAAAAUGGAGUGUAAGUCUCAUUUUUACAUAUCAAUUAUAGUCUUACUAAAGUAAUUUUUGUGGAAUUUUAUUUUAGUUUUAUGUGACAAAAAUUUUAAAUUAUCACUUUCAUUUUGUUAAUUGUUACUUUUGUUUGAAAUAAUGAUAGUAAAUAUCGAUAUUUGUGAACACAUGACUGUUAAUGAGUUGAUUUUGUUUUCUGUUUGAAGGGCUGCCCCAUUGCUCAAAGAUGCACAAUUUAAUGAGUCAAAGGCCAGGGAACUUUACCUGGACAUCAUCCUCAUGGUGCGCAAACUGUACCAUGAAUGUAAACUCAUCCACGGAGACCUCAGUGAAUUCAACUUGUUGUAAGACACGUGGCUCCCUCUUAUUUACUUCCUACUUAAGAUUGCUUCUUUUUCUAUCUUGUCUGUUGGUGUUCUUGCUUUUCUAUUGGUGCUUUUGCUUUUCUAUUGGUGUUUUUUUUUCUAUUGGUGUUGUUGCCUUUCUUGCUGUUAUUAUGUUUAAAAAGUGUCUAGUAUUUCAAACAAUUCAAGUAAAUUUACUAUUUAAAAAGUGGUCCUUUUUUUUUUUAACAGAACAAUUGUUGUUUUUUUAAACUUGUUCUGAAAUCUCAUUGAUAAUGUCGUUAAUUAUAUACAUUUUUGAUGUUGUCACAGGAAAGAAUUAGGCAUGAGAAACUAUUUUUUUUAAAAAGAAUUCAGAUUAAAAAAAUGUUUUCCCCAGAUAUUGUAAAGGCAAGGCAUACAUUAUAGAUGUGUCACAGUCGGUAGAGCAUGACCACCCACACGCCAUGGAGUUCUUGCGCAAAGAUAUUACAAAUAUUACAGGUAUCCUAUUUUCUAUUUCUUUGGCAGCGGCGAAACGCAACAGAGAUGAGAGAAAACCAUUUCAUGUGGGAUUGUAAUUUUUACUUCUUUCAGAGUCUACUUUGAUGUUUAAUUCAUGAGUAUUAAAAUUAACCAGGCAGUCAGGAACCAUAUACUUAGUUAAUUCUUUAUUUAAUCAAGGCAUACUUCACACUUCUAAAAUUAUGUUUGCAAAUGCUAUAAAAUGGCUGUUGACAAAUCAUGAAAGAAGACCUAAGAGUCAAGAUAAGAAAUAUGCAAAAUGUCUGUUACACAUAGCAUUAUUUCUUUUGUAGUGGAUCUACCAUGAUUAUUUAAAAAAAAAAAAAGACAUUUUGUCUUCCUACGAACAUGUAAUGACAACUUGUCUUGAAUUACUCCCCAGAUUUCUUUAGAAAGCGAAAUGUUCCCACCAUGACGAUAAAAGAAUUGUUUGAGUUUGUGACUGAUACCAAUAUAACAGCUGUCAAUUUGGACGCAUACCUGGAGGAGGCCAUGAAAACAUCUGCAGAGAGGUCAAACGACGACAUCACAGAGCAGGAGAAAGUAGAUGAGGAGGUCAUUUUUUUUUUUUUUUUGGGUGGAGCAGGUGCUUAACCUGCAGGAAUUGAGAACCUAUCGAAAGGACUGAGGUUAAUUUGCAUAAAAUCAUUGAGGAGUAGAGCCACUAGGGAUACCUACCGUAUUUGAUUAAUGUCUAUAAAAAUUGAUGUAAAAGUUAGAAUAUUUUAAAAACAAAGUGAGUUGAUUUUAGACUACUACAUCUGCCAUGAUCUUUUUUUCAAUAAUGUCCCAAAUUAAAAAAAAAAUAAAACCAUAAGUUUCAAGAUUCAAUGUUUAAUAAUUGUAUAUGGGUUGUUGUAUGUACAGAUCUAAAAAUAACCCGUGCUGAUGAGAAUGGCUUCUCAUUGUGUUACAGAGAUAGUACUAAAUUCAUCAGCUCAUCCAACAAUUUUAUGUUUAUCAUGUUUGAAAGUAAUUUAUGUUUUACAUCAAUUUUUUGUCUUACAAAUAGAAUGGUUGCUAAACAUUAAAGAAAAUAAUUAUUAUUUUCGGUGUUCAAAAUCUAAUAUUCCAGGUUUUCAAAAGAGCAUUUAUACCCAGAAACCUUGAUGAGGUGGUGGACAUUGAGCGGGAUGUCCGCAGAUCUCAAACCAUGGAGGGAGAGCAGGUAAACAUUGCACGAAUAAAAAAAAACUUUUCAGUUCAAUUACGUCUUUUUUUUUAAAACUAGAAAUGACCCAUCAAAAAUUGUUUUAAAGAGAAGAUUUUUCUUGAAAGUUGUUUAUAUUUUUUUUUUUACUACCUUAGAUUGUUUUUUCUUUAAUGUUUUUUUUUUUUUUUUUUUUUUUUCCUUUGUUUUUUUUUUUUUUUUUUUUUUUUUUUACAAUUUAAUUUAAUAAUUACAUUUAAAUCACCUCCUCUAUAUCACAGCCAUCACAUCACCUUGCUUGAACAGGUUACUACACACUCUAUGAUUGCUCCAGGAACAUCUCACCUAGUUGUGGGCUUUCUCAUCUGACAUUCAGUAUCCAUUCUUUAUUGAUUUUGUCAUACUGUAUUUGAUUCAUCUCCUUCAGGUUCUCUAUCAUACCGUGACAGGUCUGAGGCCAGAUUUGAGCGGACCCAGUCAGGUGAGUAGACAGGACAACAGUGGUUCUCAAGCCACAACUGCCUUUUGAUUUGUCUCAGGACUUACUGUCGGUUACACUAGUAAGGAUAAAUAUGCCUAGCCUAAAUCCUCUAUCUAUAAUUAUAUAUGAGACCCCAGAGUGGGGACAUGCAUUUAUGGUAGAAGGUUUGGCGGUCUGACCCUAAAAGCGUCCACGUAUCUCAUUCUUGUUGAUGUUUGAAACACCAAGGUUUGCUCUUGUAAAACUAACAGGACAUUGCCUUCAUCAGGUGCCUAAAUUGUUGGAACGCGAUGAGGAAGAUGAGGACGACGACAAUGAUGAUGACGACAGCGAAGAAGGAGAAGAAAAUAGAGAAGAAGAAGAGAGCGAUGGUUCCGAAGAUGGUCACAGGACAAAGGGGGAAAAGGAAGAUGAUGGGGAUAACAGCAGCAAUGACAAGGAAAACGAAGACGUAAAAAACAAAAAGUUGCAUCCGGCGAGGCAGAAACAUGAAACGGCUGAAGAAAAGCGGGUAAGUCAUUGAUCCUUUCAUCCUCUACCUCUUGUAAUGGGCUUAACCCCAUAGGCUGGUGGACCAACACAUUGGCCUUUACCUGAUUGAUCAUUGUAAAAAUUAAUUAUUUUAGAAGUAUUUAUUUCUUUGAAUUUAGGAUUAAAUACCUGUGUUAGUAAUUGUUGUCCUCUCUGACAAAGAGUUUGACAAUAUCUAUAAUUGAAUCAAUUUCAUUUUUUAUUUGAAUUAGAAAAAACAUUAUACUAAAUCUGAAAAAUUAAGUUAAGUUCUUCUGUACUGUUCAAUCUGAAAUCUGUUUCCAUCGUAAGUUCAGCCUUUAAUUUCUAGAUAGUUUUAUCACCACACCUUGGACUGCAGGUUCAGCAGUGAUCUCUGGCUAAUUGUAUGGAUUAAGGUCAGGGAUUGAACUUUUUUAAUUAAAAAAGAUUGUUUCAGCAAGUCAUUUGUGUUUACCCCAUUUACGGUUUUUCAGUUUAUUAUUAUUUUUUCUUGUUGAAAUUUUAACAGCUCAUUAAUGUUCUACCUCAACUAUUUUUUGUGUGUUUUGUUUCAGGAGAGGAAAAAAGUCGUGAAAGGGGUACAGAAAGAAAAGAGACUAACCAAGAUGCCCAAGCACAUAAAGAAGAGACAGGUUAAAGUUGGCGCCCUGAAGAAGUGAAUUGAAACCUCAGGUCAAGCAAAUUUUUACUGAAUAGUGAAUGUGAUUGCAAAAUUUUGUUAUUUAAAUAAAUUACUGCUGAAACUGAAAGUUUCAUUUAAGAAUUAUCAUGUGCUCUGAGAAAGAAACACUUGUUAUUUUCAGCUAAAUGAGAAGUGUUGAAUGUUUAGUAAACAUGUGAAUAUGGAAUAAAUGAUUUCAGAUCUGUCAUUUCAGAUGUCUGAGUUUAUUCAGUUUAAAUAUAUGAAUGUAACAGUUUACUAUGCACUACUCAACCAGUUGAAGGUAACUUUAUUUCAAUCCAUGGCAAAAAUAAAAAUAAAAUUGUCUCAACAAUCAUUA